AUGAAUUACAGGAAUGGAGAAAUGGACUGGCGGUGGACAGUUUUCACAUUGUUUUUGAACUUUCAGUUUACUUACGGGUCUCCCUCCUCUUAUGACUUGUUCCAAGGGUCUGCAUACACUGGAGUGGUACACAGAAACAGAAACAGGAACUGGUGUGCCUAUGUGGUGCGCAAGAACGUGAGCUGCGCCGUGCAGGGGAGUGUGGAGAGCUUCCAGGAGCCCGUAGUGGCCCCCUGCCCAGCCUACCAGCCCGACUGCCAGCAGCAAGUGACAUACCAAAAUCGGUUUCGACCCACAUACAAGAUUGCCUUCAAGACAGUCACAGAGUUAGAGUGGAGAUGCUGUCCUGGUUACCAAGGUCUGGACUGUAAAGAUUUAAAACCACCCCCAGACCGACAAACAGUUCAGGGAAUACAGCCUUACCACCCACCAAAUCCUGGACAUACAACCAGACACACACAGAGGCCAGAGCGGAGAGAGACAGGGCACCAUGAGAUGAGGCAUGGUGGGACAGAUAAGGUGCAUCUUCUGGAAGGUGAAGUUCAGCGCCUGUCACAGACAGUCCAGGAUCUUCAGUCCGCUUUGACAGGGUUAACUGGCAACCUCCGCACGGACCUGCAGGAAGACACAAAGAAGAUGCUGGUGACACUUCUCAACAACAUGCGUCCGCCAGACAGUGCUUUGGCUACAGGCACAGAGGAGAGCCCUGCAGUACUGGAUGGUCAUCAGGCUACUAGAGGUGGGAUUGCUGGAGACAAGGCUAUAGAAAAAAUCGUGGCCCGGUUGGAUGAUAUCAACAAUGCCCUGAAAAGCAAGGAUGAAGCUUUGGAAGACCUAAGAGGAACUAUGACAAGUCAUGAGGGGCAGAUUCGUGUCCUGAUGGAUGCAUCUCAGUCUCAGACAUCAGCCAUAGCGGAGUUUGAUGUUAUACAGACUUAUAUUGAUGGAAAAUUUGACAAACUGAAGAAGGAGCUAGACCAGAAUGUGGAGGAACAGAUGGCCAAGCUACAAACCUCAUGCAAUGACAAGAUCCAGACCUUGCAGAAGACCUGUGAAGACAGCUGUGAUCAAGGUUUGGUCAGCCUGACCAAGCUGAUGGAUACCAGGGAGGCUGAUCUGAGAAAGGAGAUCCGGGCACUACGUCUGGACAUGGCCGCUGCAGAUGGACCUAUACGAACUCAAAGGCAGACAGAUCCAUCCAAAUUGGAAGAGGAUCGUAGUGACCACAAAGACCUGUGGCGUGAGAUUGACCGUAUUGCAGAGGCUCACCGCAUCCUGAAUGUCCGCAUUGACAACGAGCUGGCGCACCUAUCUGGACCACAGGAAGACAAUGAUUUUGGCCUACUGAUUGAAGAGCUGGAGGCACGCAUUAAUAUCACAGAGCAAAAUGCAGAGACUCACUGUUUCUAUAUUGAAGAGAAACUGACCCGUACGAUUGCUGACGAAGUGGCAGCACUUCGGCAGGUUCUGGAUGAGCGCCUGAACAGCAUGGAGGACCAGUUUACGAACAUGCUGGUGGAAAUGAGCAACAACUCCUUCCCUGGGAUGUUUCGUGAAUCCAUGGAUGGCAUCCAGGCAGAAGUCAACAACAAUAAGUUCCUCCUCCAAGGUUUGGAGGAUAAGGUCAAUGCUUUGGGAGAGUUGUGCUCUGCAGGAUGUUCAGGCUCAGGAAAUACUGUAGGUGCAGUGAGUUCAUCACCCACACAUAACAGUCUAGAAAAUAUUUUGAAGGACCUGAGUCGGUAUAGGAAUGACUUGGAUGUUCUUCACACAGAUGUCAGUGCCAACACAGACAAGCUCAGGCAACUGGAAGACCUUGCUGAGAGUCGUGCCAAGACAAUGGAGGACUUCCAGAAGGGGUUGAAAAAUCUCCAAGACAAUGUGCUUGGUUUGGCUGGUGCUGUUACUGGGUUAAGUGACUCCUUAAGCAAAUGCAACCAGGAUAUGCACAGAAUAAACUCGUCAUGUUGCCAUGCAGGGCAGAGUGGCAUUGGGAGUCCAGCACAGGGCAACUGGGCAGGACAACUGGACAUCUUUGCCGUACCCAGUAGUCAGGUAGACGACACCAGACGCCAGGUGGAGGAGCUGAAGAACAGGCUUGAUACGCUCAGUAAACAGGUGUCAUCUGACCUGAGUCAAUGUAAACAGAACACACAGGGUGUUUCUGAUGGCAUUUCCGCUGUGGAUGGGCGUGUGACCAGACUUGAAAAGGUGUGUGGAAGGUUAGAUGGGGUUUCUGCCAAUAUCAAAGAGCUGAAAGAUGGACUGGAGAGACAUGUUGGUGGUCUGAGGGACUGUGUGUACAGGAUGAAUGUCACCUGUGGAAAGCACGGAGCAGACAUCAUCGCACUGCAGAAUUCCCUGCAGAAGUUCCAAGGACAGCUGUCUGCGAUGGCCAGGCAUGUUUUGAAGGACAUCACUGCCAAAGAGCCAGGAUUCUUAAAGCCUGCUCCUUUGCCAGAUUCGACUCCAACAAGAACCCAACAAAUCCACAUACCUCUCAUCAUCCCACCGCCGCCGUUCAACCCCAGGCAGCCGUACAAUCCCAGCCAACCAGUGAACACACACAUGAUCAAGAUCAGUCCGCCAAGACAGCCGUCUAAGCCCCAGCAACCAGGCCACCCCACUCACCCCGUGGUUCCCAUAAAGCCAGUGGUGGAGACGGGCGAGGCAGGACCUCCAGGGUACAUCCGCAAGGUGACUGUGCGGAGAGGGUCUGAGGACUCGUCUAGCAUGCCUUUCAAAGGAUUUGCUGGAGCACCAGGCUAUCCUCCUCUGCAGCCUGCGUCUUUCAAGCCUCAAUCAGCCAGCCGCCGAGUUCCCGUAGCAGCAAAGGUGCCAUGGAACCCGAUGUAUCAAGCUCCAGUUGAACCACCAGUUUCAGUCGUCAACAGCGCCUUUGCAGAUCCCUUCUCCUUCUCUGCUGGCCUCACACAGCAGCCCCUCUCUGGAGACUUUGGUGUCAUCCGCUUCAACAGAGUUCUAGUCAAUGACGGUGGACACUACAAUCCCCACACAGGGAUCUUCACUGUACCUCUGGAUGGCCGAUACCUGAUUUCAGGACUCCUGACUGCAAAGCAGGGUGACCGAGUACAAGCUGUCCUGUCCGUGUCUAACCGCAGCGUCCAGAGGCUGCAGAGCUCAGCGGGGCCUGUGGCUGGUCAACACGGGGGCUCAGCUGGUGGUAACUGUGCCUGUGGAGGCUCUGUGUCCUUCAGUCUGAUCCUGCCCCUGAGGAAAGGAGACCAUGUGGGCCUGGUGAGGACCAGAGGCCAGCUGGCCACCACCGAGGCCAGGGAGAUCCUCUCCACCUAUAGCGCCAUCUUCCUGUACGCACCAGAGGCCAAAAGAUAGCGGGAGCUCAGCUGGGCAGUAACAGCAAGGACUGCUUUGUUCCCAGAUAGUUGGACUGGAGGAAAUGUUGAAGAAAGCCUAGUUUUCACUGAUUUGCUGUGAUGCAGCUAUUUUACCACGCAGCACCACUGCGUGAAAAUCCUCAGUUAUAAAUUCAGUUAAGUCAUAACAAUGCAAUUUGUAAGCCAUUUGCCAAAUAUACCUGAAUACAAGAAGCAGGAUUUGUUUCUAAUAUAUUUGAAUAUCAAGUUGCCUUUUUGUGCCUAUUGUGAAUGUCUUGUGUAAAUACGUUUAUAAAUUAACAUUAAAAUUCAUAAAAAUGUAAUUAUUAUUUUAACAAAACCAUCUCAGAGACUGGUAAUAUACAGUAUGGACAUAUCAGCAAUAAACCAUGAUAAUCACCUGUUACAGUAUGAGCUCACUCCAUCUUACUCUGUAAUCGACAGGACAGAAUGAUUAAUAAACCUCCAGCUUGAUGUGGAAAAGCAUGAGGUUUAGCAACACAAAAAGCUUUUAUUAAUGUUACAAACUUGGCUGGCUUCAGAAACUGCACUGAGAAAGACAAGGUUAGAAGGCAAAAACCCCAGUUGGGUCAUUAUGUAAAGUGGGUGUGGAUGAAAAAUAAAUUUCCCCUCUCCUUACUCCUGAGACUUAGAAAAUAUUCCAACAGCAAACUGUAAGAAGCAGGAGGAGUGUAUUUAGCCUUCAGUUCAUCCUGUUACCCUUUAAAAGAGAGAAAAAUACUGAUUUCUAUUCAGUUACAAUAAAGGUCCAAUUAAUUACUGUUUUUAUAAUCUUUGUGUUAUUCAAGAAAACAAACUGAAAUUUGGAUUUAAGCUACAAUAACCUCAUUCACAUAUUGUUAAUUAAAAAAUAAGCAACAGGGUAAAAGUUACCACUAGCCUGUGGUUACUGUUGAACUUUUUGACGAGAAACAUGUAGCACACAAAUGUAUUCAGUUAGAAACUUUAUUUAAUACAAAUAUGACCACAAGCCACACUUUGUUAGCUUCAUUAGGCCUGUAUUGUUUUUCUUCUUACAAUGUAUUUUGUUCUUUAAACAUACUUUAAACCACAUUUCUAUACAAAUCAAACACAGCAUACACUUAAGGUAUUUCUGUUGGUCAGACAUAAUCAAAUAGCAAGCAUUACCUCCAAACAGAAAGAAACAAACAUAGUCCCACAAAAGAUCAUAGACUGUAUAAGAAAUAAUAAAACAAAAAGGCAUCGAGGACAGAAGAAUGUGAUGAUCAGCAUAUAUACUGGAUCAUUUUCCACAGCAGUUGAGUGAGAACAAACUAUUUUCUAUACCAUGUAUCCCAGGAUCAUAGAGGAUGAAGUGUGAUUCUUCCACACAAGAUGCUUUACUUUCAUAGAAAGAAUGGAAUUCAUUUUGUUAAUCAUAAGAUAUAUCUAUUUGACUUCACCAAACUUCGUAGAGAAUAAGCAAACAAAUCAAAGCAGAACACGCAUCUUAAUCAUCACAAAAACAUCUGAGCUACAGAGUGAAUGCGGAAACACCUCAGCAAAAUAAUGACGCCUAAUAGUGACAAAUCUGGAUGUAGCCAUCAUUGUAAAAUUGUGCUUUUUUCAUUAAAUGGUUGUCUGUCAA